UCCCUGAAAAAUCCCGUCCUUGAACGCGAUCCAGCUCCGCGCUUUCUUACCGCUCCGCUGGGGGUCUCGGUUUGUAGUAGACAAGACCACUAUAGAAAACCAGUAGCACUGAGGUGCAGUAAGACGGAGGAUGUAGUGCGCCUUUUACCAAAGAGGGCUGCAAUAUAGCGCACGGGUCCAAUCAUUUACGGGAUAACUGAAGGGAAAAAGAAGACGUUACCGCGGCGGAUUUGUUCGUUUGUUUUUGCAAAGACAGAAAGAACAAAACACUUCUGAAACAAAGAAUAAAUAUACAAAGGAACAGAUUUCAGCGAACGUGUUGGCAAUGAAGUCUCCCGCAAAGGUACAUGUCGCUGUGCAUCAGGUGUUUUAAGGACUUCUGCAACGUGCGACAGUAUAAUUUCAGCCUUGGGCCACUUCCCUCCAACUGUCUUAAGUGCUUUGAUGAGUAUGAUCUUCCAUAAGGAGCCAAGCCUCAUGAUGAUCAGGGUGCAUCUUUCUGUUACACAGAUUUCAAAGCAUAUGAUUCUUCAAGACGAGGAGCUAUGACCAGCAAACUUUUCUACACGGACAUAGAAAAUGUAGUGUUCAUGGUAGACCAAUAAUCCAAAAGUGGUCCACUCCCCUAACCAGUCAGGCAUGAAGUGGCAAUGAAGGGGUACCAUGUAAGCGGAAGUCUCUCUCAGCACUCAGAUUCAGGGCCAUGCCAAUGUAUCCCAGAGGACUGUGCCACACCUAGAGAUUACAUGCCCAUUACACAAGACCCCCGUAUGAACUUUGAUCCAUAUCCAGUGCUUAACGAUCAUUAUUUUCCACACUCCUCAGGCCGUGGGACUGACACGGUACCAGGUGGUGGUACUUUUCCUCGAUCACAUCUCAGUCAAAGUUUCGACCCAUGUGAGGAAUGCCUAGCUACAUCAGCUCAUCACCAAGCUUCUUUUCACCCCACUGUAGGAAAGAUCCAUCGACUCCCUCCCAGUCUUUUGGAUCAGUUUGAGAAGCAACUCCCUUUCCAUCCUGAUGGCUUCCAUACUCUACAGUACCAGAGAGCAGCUAGUGGGGAGCAGCGAAGUGAGAGUCCAAGCAGGAUUCGUCACUUAGUUCAUUCUGUGCAGCGACUGUUUGCAAAAUCUCAUUCCCUGGAAGCCCCGUCAAAAAGGGAAUACAAUGGCACUCGUUCUGAUAGCAGAGCUGGAAGCAGGGGAGAAGAAGGAUAUGGACAGUCAUCCUAUUACCACUCACACCACCAUGCCCCACGUCACAGCAAGAGAAGUAAAAGCAAAGAUCGAAGGAGUGGUGAAUUACGCCAAAGAAGUAAGACCGCUGGCUGGUGGAGCUCAGAUGAUAAUCUAGACAGUGACAGUAGCUACCUGCUGUCUGCAGCAGGGCGAGGAGGAUUACUUCCAAUAUUGGAUGGAAAGGGAAAGGGACAGGGAGAAUGCAUAGGGUGUAGUACAAUGGCUCAAGUAAGUGAAGGUGGGCAUUCACUGAAACGAAGUGCGUGGUCUUCAAUGACUGUGAGUCAAGCAAGAGAAGCUUAUCCCGGACCUGGAUUCACUUACGAGAAGGCCAUGUCCCUUCAGGAAUCAGGAAAGACCAAGGAAAGACCCUACCAUUACCUUCAGGUGCCAUCAGAUGACUGGGGAAGUGGAUACCCAGCUGGAGGCAAGGAUGGCGGUGAGAUUCCAUGUCGCCGGAUGCGCAGUGGCAGCUACAUCAAGGCUAUGGGGGAUGAUGACAGUGCCGAUUCUGACACUAGCACAAAAGCAUCACCCAAGGCUGGCCUGUCGCUGCAGAGAGAGGCCUUUCAGCGAUCCAUGAGUAUGGACCAGAGAAGCUCCAAAUAUUCAUGUAAGCAAUGCUCAGAGUCUUACCCCUGCAACCGGGCUACCUGCUUUGCAGCAGCCAAGGUCAACGCAAGGUCACAUAGCUAUACUCGCUCCUUGACCACUUCACAGCUGGCAGACAGUCUGAACCGACAAUAUGGGGCGAUUUGUGAGUCUGUCUUUGGGGAAGUGGAGUCACAGGCAGUUGAUGCCUUAGACCUGCCUGGCUGUUUCCGCAUGAGGAGCCACAGCUACAUCCGAGCGAUUCAAGCAGGCUGUUCCCAGGAUGAUGACUGUUUGUCUGUCUUCUCGCUGUCUGCUCCUCAGGGACAAAUGAAAUCCGGCGCUAUGUUUUCAUACCACAAAGGACCUCCUCCUCUUCCACCAAGGAUCGCCAAACCUGCAAUCGCUGUCACGGCACAGAGCAGCACCGAGUCGACCCAAGAUGCCUACUACCAGAGCAGCCAAAUUGGUCGCCCGAAACCCCAAAGCAUCUCUGCUGACAGUCUGGACUUAGGAAAAGUAUCCCGGGAUGCUUAUUAUCAGAACAAUCAAAACGCUGGUCGAUCAAAGUCAAAUGGUAACUCUGCUGAAAGUCUGGAUGGCGGCCGUUUGUCUGGAGAUGCCAGUUACCAUAGUAACCAAGCCUCUGGUCGCCCAAAGCCUCACAGCAACUCCACUGAGAGUCUCGAUGGAGGCCGGUCCUCCCGGGACAAAUAUUACCAGACCACAACCCGUGCUAAAUCCCAUAGUAACUCCACUGAUGGGCUGGAUGGUGGAAGAGCUUUACGAGAAAGCUACUACCAGAGCAGUCAAACCUCCAAUCGGUCCAAACUGCACAGUAGUUCUGCUGACAGCUUGCUCGAGAGAGGAAGGGCUUUGAUUGACAGAGCAACCUCAGAAGGGGAACGUGCUGGUCCCACAAAAUCAUCUUCAUUAUCAAGUAGCACUACAACCAGCAAGUUAGCAACAGUGGCAAGACAGCGGGCUGCAAGCGAGGAGCACAAGGCAGAAGCGAGACAUCGGAAGUGGAGGCCUUCUAUUGCUGUGCAGGUUGAUAGUUCUGAGACUCUCUCUGAUUCUGACACAGAGAGUAAAGCCCUAAGGGAGGUCCAUUCCAUCGGAGUUCAAGUGGAAGAAGACAAAAGACGAGCGAGAUUCAAACGUUCUAACAGUGUAACAGCAAGUGUCCAGGCUGAUCUGGAGUUGGAGGGCUUUACUGGAAUCUCUGUGGCUACUGAAGACAAGGCGCUGCAGUUUGGCCAUUCUUUUCAGCGACAUUCCUCUGAACCAGAGUGUGCCGAACAGUAUAUGGUCUCUCGGACUGUGCACACUCAGGGUCAGUGGGCAUAUCGAGAAGACUAUCAUGCCCCUUUUGAAAGUGUUGUGAGUACACAGACGCCUCUGAAUCAGGAGCGGAGCUGGUCGGAGGGACCUCGCAGUCUCCCAAACUCAGGUCGAGCCUCACCCUGUCUUCGAGAUGCAGAGUUCUUUCUCAGGAUGCUGCAGGCCGAAGUGGAAAGGAUGGAGAGCUGGUGCCAGCAAAUGGAAAGAGAAGCAGAGGAAAAUGACCUUGUGGAAGAAAUCCUGGAGAAAAUCCGAAGUGCAGUGGGCAGUGCUCAGCUCCUCAUAUCCCAGAAGGUCCAGCAAUUUUUCAGACUGUGUCAGCAGAGCAUGGAUCCCACAGUGUGUCCCCAGCCUACUUUGCAGGACCUGGCUGGGUUCUGGGACCUCUUGCAAUUGUCCAUUGAGGAUGUGAGAAUCAAGUUCCAGGAGCUUCAGAGACUUAAAGACAAUGGCUGGAAAAUCUCUGAAAGAAAGGAGGAUAAAAAGGCUCCACCACCAUUACCAAAGAAACCUAGCAAUAGUGCCACUUCCCGCCUUGCAAAAGCAGCUGCAUCUCGCGACAGAUCCCUAGACCUCGGAGAACGACAGAGACAAGAGGCAAGGCGUAGGUUGCUGGCUGCCAAACGUGCCGCAUCCUUUCGGCAGAACUCUGCUACAGAGAGCGCGGACAGCAUUGAAAUUUACAUUCCCGAGGCUCAAACCCGGCUCUGAACACAGGCAUUUACAAGCUCCCAUGUAUCUACAGUAUAUCUCAUCCAAGAGAGGUGGCAUCCUUCAUCGCCUAAUGGUGAUGGAGAGAGUGAGAUGACAAGAAGAAGAGCUACACAACCUCACUUGGGCAGAGUUGUCAAGUUUGCCUUCCCCAGCCAUGUUUGUGAGCUCUUCCAGCUGAGGCAGGAUUCUGGUGUUCAUCUUUAGCACUCAAGUAUUCUUCUCUGCCUUGCCAAGUCUUUCCAUUGCAUAGAUAUCCAGUUAAGCCUUCAUUUCAAAUUAGUGAAAGAGAAAAGUGAUUUUGUUGAGUUCUAAAUGUAAAGAAGAAGGCUUUAUUAUUAUUAUUAUUUUAAAUAUUAGAAAAAUAAA